AUGACCAAGACAGGCCUAGCCGUGUGCAAGGUUGUAUGUAUCACCGAUUCAUCGUUGUUGAUCAUCGGCGGUUGCACACAAAGAAGACCACGCCUCCAAAAAGUCAGGGGGUGACGACCGAGGCGGAUGAUGCCCCCCAGCGCGCGCACUGUAACCACGAGCAAAAGUAAAGUAGUGGCCUUGUGGCCUGUGGCCUGUGGCCUGUGGUUGCCGGGAUCGUCCCGGCCGGGAAACAGCGAACAACGAACAACGUGUCUGCCUUCCUUCCCCAUUAAUCUAUCCUCAUCCUCCCCCGGCCUUGGAAUGAGCGACAAUCCCAAUCCCAAUCCCUUCCCCUUCCCCUUCCCCUUUUUGACAAGCGCUCCUGAAAACAAGACACUCUUAGAGUUGCGAUCCUUGACAGUUGACAGGUCUUAUUAUUGUCCCGUGGCUUUUGCCGGAACUACGGUAUGGGGAGAGUGGCUUCAGCCACCACCACGUACAGGAUCAGAUGGAUCCUUCUGGAAAAAGGGUUAUUUAUCCACGAUGGGCAUCCGUGAGACUCGGCUCCGAUCCCGACACGUCGUACCAGGGCAACACAAUGAUAUCAUUGCCUCGCACAAUGGCUUCUGCCCCGUCGUCAGGCCAGUCGAGUAAUAAUGCGUCGCCAUCCACCAUCCAUCCCCAGCCUUACACGCUGCAAGGCUUGUCGCUUGUCAGAACUCUGUAAGGCAGGGAUGGGGCCUGGGGAGGGAGGGAGGGUAUGCAAGUGUUGCCUGGGCGCGGUUCUUGGCUCGCUGCUGCUAGUUACACUUAAGCUCGCUUGCAGGUCCUUAGGUUAUAGUACGGUAUGUACUCCGUAGUAUUACUACCUACUAUACUGAGUAGUACCUACACAGUACUAGUAGUAGUAGUACUACGGCUAGGCGGUAGGCACCGGCGCACGGCGGGUAGGGAAUAUUAAUAGGGAGGCCGUAGU